UAUAUCAGUACUCUUUAGUUCCUGAGUUCUGUUACGGUCAUCACAGUCAUCAAAAGAAGCCGGUAUGAAGACUCUACGGAGUUGUAAAACGAAAACAUGGUAGAGAUAUGUCAGAAUUUAUUGUGUGCGUUGCAAUUUAACUGCUAAAAGUAUUAUCUACUACAAAUAUGUGGGAAUAAAUUGUUUAGUCUUAAUAUUUUACAUUGAACGAGAGAAUUUUUCGCACUUUCUGCUGCGAUGGUAACAUUAACGAAAUUUGUGCUCAUCGCAAUUGUUUAUGUUUUUUCAGGAAUUUUCACACAUGUAACAGCAUCACGUGUACUCGAAUUAAGUGACAGGUUCUUGGAUAUUCGAAAAGAUGGACAAUGGCUAGUAAUGAUGUAUGCACCAUGGUGCGCACAUUGUAAGCGUUUGGAACCAAUUUGGGCUCAUGUAGCACAGCAUUUACAUGCAACAUCAAUACGAGUCGGACGUGUGGAUUGUACUCGAUUUACAAGUAUAGCACAUGCUUUCAAAGUUAAAGGAUUCCCAACCAUUUUAUUUUUGAAAGGGGAGCAAGAGUUUACUUACCAUGGAGAUAGAACAAGAGAGGAAAUAGUAAAAUUUGCAUUAAGAGUAAGUGGUCCACCUGUCCAAGAAAUAACAAAAACUCAAAGUUUUGACACGAUUAAAAAAGAACGUGGUUUAUACUUUUUGUACAUUGGAGAAAAAUCUGGACCAUUAUGGGAAUUUUAUUACAAGACUGCAGAUGUGUUCCAACCACACGCAUUUUUCUAUCAAUCUUAUCCAGCUGUUGUUAAUAAACAUGCUCCCGAAGGAAAUGUUCCAGCAUUAUUUGUUUAUAAAGAAAGUUCACACUAUAAUUUUACAGGUCAUACUACAAGUGAUAUAGAAAAGUUAAAUGAGACGUUAUAUAAAUGGAUAAACGCGGAACGUUUCCCUACAUUCCCAAAAGUAACAAGAGGAAAUAUAAAUCAACUUUUUUUAACAAACAAAAAUCUGGUGUUGGCAGUAGUAGAAGAAAAUCAAUUAGAGGAAGUACCACCACACAUGGCACGGUUUAAAGAUAUGAUAGAAUCUAUAAUUAAGAGCAAGCGAGAAAAGUAUCACGACCACUUUCAGUUCGGUUGGAUAGCUAGUCCUGAUCUAGUCAAUAGUAUAGCAAUGAUGGUUCUACCGUUACCAAGUUUGAUUGUUAUUAACACUACAACAAAUCAUCAUCACAUUCCAGAAGAUGAAGCAGAAAAAUUGACUCCUCAAGUAAUUGAGUUUUUCCUAGAGCAAAUACGCAAUGAAAGUGCUCCGCGAUACGGUGGAAACAAUUGGCUCGUACAUGUUUACAGAUCAUGGUUUGAAUUAAAAACAACACUUACUGCAAUGUGGAUGGGUAAUCCUAUUUUGACAAUGGUUUUGUUCGGCUUACCAGCUGGAUUUUUAUCAUUGAUAUGUUAUGGUAUCUGUUGUCCAGAUAUAUUAGAUGCAGAUGAUGAUGACGAAGAAUACUCAGGGGGAAAUCAUAUGAAAAAAGACUAAAAAAAAGCUUAGGUCAUCAUUAGUUCUAUUGAUUUUCUGAGACUCUUAAUGAUACGAAAGUGUACAUAUUAUUAUUUUAUAUUAUAAUUUUUACUUUUAGUUAGAUAAAAUUUGCUAAUUUAACUCUUUGUAGAUGGAAAUUUUAACAGGAACCCAGAAGAAUAACAUAUAUAUAAAUAUGAUUUUAUCUAAUGUAUACAUUUUAUUUUAACAUCAUGAAUUGUUAUAUAUGUAUUAAAGGAAUCAGUUUUUAUUGUCUGAUAUAUCCAGACACCAUCCACAAAGAGUUAUAUUAACAAAUGUUUUAGUUGACGACUUAUUGUUCACACAAGUAUGAAAAGAUUAUGCGAAUUAUUUCAACAGCCAUUUUCAUAGUCAAUAAAAUUAAAAACUUAUAUGAAUUAGAUAGAAUAAUGAAUAAUCCUUAAUGAGUGAUCAGUAAUGGCUACUGUAUAUACUAUGGUGCUUGGAAUUUUUACCCAUGUCUUGUUUUAUAUGCUCUACAAAAGAAGUUUAGAAUUAUUAUUAAAUUACACAUUGUUUCAUAAUUUUAUUAUUAUUUUUAAUGUACAAGUAGAAUCAGAAACAUUCAAUGUUUUACAGUUUUACAUUUUAUUUUCUUUCUCGUACAUUUAUGACAGUAUUUUUUUUUCAUACUAAACACUGAUGGAGUAAAUCUAAGUAAUUAAAGAAUGCAGAAACUAAAUACGAUGAUUACUGUUGCUUUAAGCAUCAUAUGCAGAGCAGUAAAGUCGGACUCCAAUCUUGGUCCAAAAUUACUCAAGUAUCGCUGCAUAAGGGUUAGAAAAACUUAGCUAAAUGAACCGUUUACAAGACAAUACAAAUCAUACAAUUAAACGAGCUUUCUUAAAUCGUAUGGAAGAAUUUGUUUUAUGUUAUAUUUUUAAGUAAAUCGAGUAUAAUAUAUACUUGAGAUUUGUGGACAAAUGUGAAUGUUAAAUAGGAUUUUAUGAUUGUAUCUAAAAACAGCGAUGUAUAUUUUUUUGUAUAAAUGUAACGAAAAAAUAUCUUAUGUUUAUAUGGUACAAUCUGUAAACUUUUGUAUAUUCGUUACAAAGCAUAAGUUUUUCUUUUCAGGAAUGGUAAAACUAUUAUGCAUUAUAAACGUGUAUUUACUUAUAUUUAAUAAAGAAAAUGAUAAUACUUUAA